AACAAGAUUCUCACCACGCAGCGGAUGGCCGAAGCGCCAGGGCGGCCGGUGGCACUCGUGGCGCCUGGCCUGCUAGGAGAGGCCAGCGAGGAGUCUCCACCCGUCGCUGACGGUGUGGUGGAGCUCGACUCGCCAGGAGACGACGCCGGCCCUGCAAAGAAGCGGAAGGGCAAGACGACUCGCUGGAACAUACCGAAACAUGCGCUGCAGACACUGGAGCAAGUGUUUAAGGACGACAAGUUCCCGUCCGUCGAGACUCGCAAGAAUCUCGCUGCAGAGCUGCGCGUGACGCCGAGACAGGUGCAGGUCUGGUUCCAGAACAAGCGGCAGAGGUCUGGCGCCAAGCCGGUGCCUGCGCGGUCAGAGGACAAGGCUGAGCCAAACUUUCUGAGCACGUCGGAGGACAUCAAGGCCGCGCUCAUGAACUUCGGCUCCGGCGCGCAGGUUGGGCCCACUCGGCGGCAGCACGACGUGAUGCUCGACGACUCAAAGGCGCCGAGCGCGUCUACGCUCGGCUCCGCGAGCGGCGGGCCGAGCACGAGCUCCGAGAUGUGGGCUGCGGCGGCGGCGCACGCGGCGGCGGCGACAGCAGCGCAGUUGAGCACGGGCGGAUCGGGCGCUUUUGGCAUCGGCAACCAGUGGGGAUGGGGCCUGAGCAACUUUCCGCCCCUGCCACUGCCGCCAGCGGGCUCUUGGGGGCUGCUCGGCAGCGGCGGCGAGGGCGGAGGCGCGGCGAGCGCGGCUGACACGCGGGACGGCGGCGCGACUGGGGCCUUCAUGGCAUCGCUCCCCCCUUCUCUGGCGCAGUGGCUUGCCCUGUCGCAGGGAGCCGCCGCGGCGGGGAACGCAGGUGCAGUCUCCAGCGGCGCGCAGGGCACGGCGGGGGGUGGUGCGGCUGGCGGCGCAGCUGACGCCGGGGGCGCCAGUGGCAGCAGCGGGGCCGGCGCGCCCGCCUCGGACAGCAGCAGCAGGGAGGGCAAGCAGCCGGACGGCGACGGUGGCGGCGCGGUGGACACGAGCUUGCCUCCCGGCCUCUCCGCCGCCCUCUCGCAGCUGGGUGACGCGGCCAAGGGGAUGGCCAAGCCGCCGCCGGCAACGCCGCCGGCCGCCAUGGGCAACAACAGCCAGGUGGUGCAGGCGCUGCGGAGCGACUUUUUGAGGCAGGCGGUCGCGGCCGAGGCCGCUAGGGGGGGCGGCAGCGGGCCGCAGCCGCUCGUCUCCGAGGCCGUCCUCGCCGCCGCCGCCGCCACCGCCGCUGCUAACGGCAGCUCUGGGACGCUGCAGCCCGGCGCUGGCGACGGCAUCUCACUGCCGGCGCUGACACAGCAGUGGCAGCAGAUGGUGUCGAUGCAAAGCGCAGCUUGGGUGUCGGCCGAGCCCACGGUGGCCGCGCACCCGAUCGCGCCGCAGCAGUCGCAGACGCAGAAGCGGCGCCGCGCCGGCUCCGGCUCUUCGCCAGAGGCGGCUCAGCCGGCAGCGAGGGCGGGCAGCGGCGACGCGGCGGACUUGUUGUCGCGUCCCUCGCGAUCCUCUUCGCCGACCGCCGCGUCGGAUCAGCCGUUCGUCGGCGUGAAGCUGUCCCGCUCCGGGGUGAGCGGCAGCCUCGACGAGCUCAAACUCGAGAAGCGCAGCUCAGAGGGAGACGACUCUGCGGCGGGCAGCGCGAGCCGGCCCGCCAGCCGCGCGACAGCCGCGCCAGCGUCGCCGCGCAGCGAGCAGCUGCAGCACGUGGCGCAGGUCACCAACCAGAUCACCAACCAGAUCCGACAGCAGCAGCUGCAGAUGCAAAUGCUGCAUCUGCACCACCAGAAGCAGCAGCAGCUACUGCAGGCGCACAUCCAGCAGCAGCAGCGGCUGGCGCAGCAGGCCACGUCGACCGAGCAGCAGGCGCUGAUGCAGCGGCUGGUCAGCGAGGCGCGCGCGAGCCAGCUCUCGCAGUCGGCGCAGCAGAGGGACGAUGGCGCUGAGUCGUUUGGAGGCGGCUCCCUCAACGAGCUGGUAGCUGAGCCCGACUUGAUGGAGGAGAUCAUCAACUCGCUCUUCACCGAGGAGGGAGGCGCGCACUCGAGCUCCUCCGGCCGCACGAGCCCGCUCACGUCCAUCCUUACGGGCGGCGGGUCGCGUUCGUCCGCGUCGGCGAACGAGGAGGGUGGCGGCAGCGGGGCGGCGGCGCGCGCCUCGAGGCCGCCGGGCGAGGGCGAGGCUGCUAGCUCGCCGAGCGCCGCGGCCGCGCUCCCCGAGGUGGGCCCGACGGGACCGCCCGCCCCGCCGACGCGCAGCGCUCCGCUCUCCCCCGCCGCGGACCGCGAGCCCCGCCCCGGCGAGGGCUGCCGCACCUCCGACGUCGAGAUGCCCGAGGCUGGCCACUCGCGCGGCUCCGCCCCGCCCCGCCCGUGACGCCUGCUGCAGUCUCGUCUUGGCCGCAUAUCCCGGCCUCCACCCCAUGGCGCUGCUUUCCCACGCGGGCGCGUGCGUAGCGGCGAGUCCCGACGCGUGUGGUGCCUCGUCACCUCCGCCGAGCGAGACACUAGCACCUCGCUGAGGCGGUGCCGUCCCUCCCGUCGCCGGGACCGCGGGACGCACACCCACACCCCACCCCACACUCGCGUGCCCCUGUGCCGCUGCCCGUUUUUCUCCCCGUAGCCACCGAUUCUCCCGGUUUUUUGUGGUUCCUGGUACGUGUCUGAAUCUGUGAGAGCUCGGUUUGAGGAGAGAGAGAGAGAGACGAGAGGGUUGCGUCCAGUAGUACUACUACCCGCCGUGCGCGAGGUGUAAGAUAGGAUGAAGAAAAGUUGGUUCUAGCGACUU